UAGACAUGCUGUCCUUGUUUCUGGAGCGCGCUCCAGGGCAAUGCAGUAGCGACAUUCGCGCGCCUGCUCCCAUUCUGGUCCGCCCCCAACUCCAAGCAGCAGGCAGAGUGCCAGACGGCGCCUGCUCAGACCAGAAUGGCGGCUCUUUUGGAAUCGCUGCUGCAGAAGGAAGUGGAAGCUAUCAAGGCCGUAGAAUGGCUAAAACACGACGGGGACAGUGACAGCUUGGCAUGGUGUAAGCCACUGAAGAUCGAAAGACAGGAGUUUGUUCCUUUCCUGUUGAACUUCCUGCGAGAGCAGAGCUGCUCCACCCUCACCCAUGGCCCUGCCACACCCGCCAAGACCCCCAGCCAACCCAGGGUCUCCCAGCCCUCUCAGCAGGGGCCAGGCUUCUCCAGUGAGCAUAGGGAGGGCUGCAGAUCUACCGGACCUGGAACCGGUCCUCGUAGUGCCAGCCGUGUACAGCUAUUCUCCUCCACUCCCUCCCUGUCCCCUGGGGCUGAGUGGGAUACUACCCAACCCCCAUCUGGCUCCCACUGCCUGGGUGGGAUCAGCGCCCUCAGUAGUCCUUCCUUCAGCUCAGCCAGGAGCCCUGCUCCAGCCUCCACCUCCAGGCACCCUCCCUCAGAGCGCCGCUCCACCCAGAGAGCCAGUUUGGGGGAUUUCAUGCCGUCACCUCCAGAGCUCCAGCAGCACCACAGUCUCAGCCUUGGGGUCCAGCAGCAGCCGCGUGGCCGCAGGAGGAGUGCCGGGAUGGGAGGGCAGGGAAGGCAGGGUGGGGGGCGUGGUGUGUUCCAGACUGAGGAGGUGGGGCCAGGAAGAUCUGAGGGUGGUGGGAGGAAGGGAAGGGGAGGAGGGGCUAAUAAAAUGGGUGACCCAGCUGUGUCACCUCCAAUGGCUCAGAUAACAACGCUGGUCCAGCUCAAUUUAACCAAUCUGGAAGACUUCCCACCUAUGGGGAUGUCGCAUGCAUCACCAGCACUGCAUACAAAACCAUCUCGGAGGAUCAACCCAACCCCAGUCAGUGCAGAGCGGCCUCACUCCAGACCGAAGACCUGUUUCACUUCCACCCCGUUCAGCACCAGGCCCUCCAGCCCACCCCCAGUCCCAGAGGCAGUCACUGGGGCCAUCGAAGAGAGCAUCACUGGGGCCCUGAACGUAUCCCACUCUCUCCUCAGUCUGCAGGAGGAGAGAGAACUGCUAAAGAGAGUGAAGUGUAAACGAGCCCAGCAGGUGGGCUCCUCUCUACCCACCUCUUUGGACCCCUGUACCCCUACCAAAUCAGGGCUCCGGCCAGUAUCGGGCUCCAAAAUAACCCCUGUCACCCAGGGGUCAUGUCCUGACCCCUCUAAAGUCACCUUGACCUCUGAACUGGACCUUCUGGCUGACCUCUACUGCACCUGCAUCUCUGAGAACCUAGUUCCCAACGUGUUCCUGGAGCUGUUCUUUGUGCUGCAGCUUCUGACAUCUAGAACACCAGCCGUCACAGAGGAAGAGGACAAGGAUCUAAGUAUGGGGACGUUAGAUAAGGAGGUGAUUCACUCUCUGGUUAACAACAGAGGAAAUAUGAGGGAAGUAGAAAAGAGGUUGACAGAAGAGAGGCUGGAGAAAGGAGAUGCUGACAAGGUUUAG